AUGGACAACCAUAGAAGCGGGGAAAACCUUAGCAGUGAGAUUAUGCAAGCACAAAUGUGGUUUGGUGCUACUGGGCAAGGCAAAAAAAGUUUCAACCAUACCCUAUGUUGGGAGGUGGUGAAGAAUUGUAAGAUAUUCCGAAUUAUGCCAACGGGUCCAGAGGUAGUGUUGAACGAGACGCCACUCCAUGAGACACCGGCAUCGGAUUCACCUAUGGAUUCCCCGAUGAGUCAAGACUCACCCAUCAAAAAUGAGCCAAGGCCUAUUGGAAGGAAGGCGGCGAAGGCGAAGAGAGGGAGUAAUUCUACCAAGAAUGCAUCUAAAUUUUUGGAGGAAAUUUCAAAGCACCAAGCCAUGAGAAUUGAAAUGGACAUGACACAACAAGAGCAUGAUAGGGCAAUUCAACUAGAAUAUGCAAAAGAAAGGGAGUAUGUAGCCAACAAAACAUUGAAAAAAAAGAUCGGAAAACCAUGGCCAUGGAUACAAGCCAUGUGUCCCCUGAAACAAAACAAUUUUGGAAGCUAG